ACUGAAGACAAACAAGCAAAAAAUCCAUUUAUUUCAUAGAAAGAUUUCAGUUCUCAUAGAAGCCAACUGUUUAUUUUCAAGAGCCAAAAAAAUGCAUCAAAAGAAACCUGAGGGCCAAGUGAGGAAAACAAAUGGAAGGAAAUAAAUGUGCAGUGAAACAGUGAGAUAACGUAUGAUCAAUAGGUGUUGGCUCCUGAUUGUGCAGACUUGGAGGAGAACAAAGGGAGACGUGGAAACUGAAAGACAAGCAAGCGGCAACAGGUCAGGGAAACAAUUUUCCUCCCCUCCGAUGCCAGAGUGGCUGAGCUGACGGAACGAGCGGAGGGAAUUUAGGAGCAUGCGGCAGCGAGCGAUAAACUGCACAACACAGAUGCCACUUGAAGCUCAAAUUCAGGGAUGCAGAGCGGAAUAAGCCAAUGAAGUGAAGGAAGCCACAGUAAAUCGACCCUGCGCCCAUUCAACUCGCUGCCUUCGUUCUCAUCAUUUCCUCAAGGGGAGGCUGGGCUCCCUCUCUGUGCAAUACUCACUAUGUGCCAAAACCGGAGAGUUCCUACCUCUGACCCGUAGACAGCCAAAGUUCCUUUGAACCCUGCCCUCUGGUUGAGGACACGCUCUCGCCCUCCACACUGCCCUCUGGACAAGAUGAAGAAGGUGGCGGCAUGGUCGGCAGAGGAUGUCUCUACCUGGCUGAGCAAAGAGGGAAUGCCGGAGUACGUAGACGCCCUCAGACAGACGGAUGGCCCCUCUCUCCUUAGGCUCAGCAAGGUCGAUUUCCAAAAGCCUCCCCUGUCGCUGGUGUCCUCCGAUGGCGGGCAGCAGCUGUUGGAGCGACUGGAGACGCUCCGAAUAGAGACCCACAUCGAGGCCCACAAAAACGGCCACGCCAACGGGCACGUCGUGGGCCAGCCCAACGGAACCAGCAAGCCCCAGAGGAACGGCACGCUGGGGAUGAAGGACUUUGGGAUGGAGAUGGUCCACAUCCCCAUGCCUACGAUGGAAGCCCCGCGCUCCUCUUUCCCCGCCGAGUGGGGGAAGACGGGCAUCGCGUUCGUCUACGCGGUGGUGUGCUUCGUCAUCACCACCGUCGUCAUUUCGGUGGUUCACGAACGAGUACCGUCAAAGGAGCACACUCCGCCGCUGCCCGAUAAGUUCUUCGACCUGUUCGACAGGGUGGAGUGGGCCUUCUCCAUAUGCGAGAUCAACGGCAUGCUGCUCGUGGGACUCUGGCUCAUCCAGUGGAUGCUGCUCAAAUACAGGUCAAUUGUGGGCAGGCGGUUCUUUUUCAUUGUGGGCACACUCUAUCUGUACCGGUGUAUUACAAUGUACAUCACUACUCUUCCUGUUCCCGGGAUGCACUUUAAAUGCUCUCCAAAGCUUCACGGAAACUGGGAGGCACAAACGAGGAGAAUCAUGAAAAUGAUUGCUGGCGGAGGCCUCUCCAUCACAGGUUCCCACACCAUGUGUGGAGAUUACCUUUACAGUGGCCACACAGUCAUGUUGACACUAACAUACCUCUUCAUCAAAGAGUAUUCUCCCAGGCGGUUCUGGUGGUACCACUGGAUUUGCUGGACCUUGAGCGCAGUGGGACUUUUCUGCAUCCUCCUGGCCCAUGACCACUACACUGUGGACGUGGUCGUGGCUUAUUUUAUCACCACACGUCUCUUCUGGUGGUACCACACCUUGGCGAACCAGCAGUCUCUGAAGGCGACGUCCCAGAGUAACCCUUUCUCGCGGGUGUGGUGGUACAGACUGUUCCAGUACCUGGAGGAGAACGUGAACGGCACCGUGCCCCGGAACUAUCAGGUGCCGUUCUCGUGGAGAUCGCUGCAGUGGAGCCGCAGCGUCAAGUACAGCAGACUGGACAUCCAGUGACCCCUGACCUGUCCCAUCGAGGCACGGCGGGGCAGGACUGACUCUCACAAGUGCUGGAAGAUGGCACUGUUCAAUGUAGCGCUGUCCUCUCACCUCUAGCAGCAGACACAUCCCUGUCCAAAUGGGUAGCACUGUGACUCACCCAGUUCUUCUUUUUUCCCCUCUUCUACUCUUCCUUCUUUCGUUUUUUUCUGUUCUGGUAGUUUUUGUCUAAACGAAGCACUAAUUUAUUUGUUUUAUUUCCUCUUCUUAAGCCACAUAAGUUUCUGCUUCUGCAGUAAAACUAUGAAGAAUUUCAAAACUCAAAAGGUUUUUGGUCAGAAGGACCCAAAAGCAUUUGCUUUUGCAGCACAAAAACCACAGUAAAUGUUCUUACAUUUUUUUUUAGUGCACAUACGGUCAAUCAGACUCAUUUCAGAACCAAAAGGCCAUAAGCAUUUUCCUUUUUUUUUUUUUUUUUUUUUUUAAAUAGCAACUUACUUUUUGUAAGCUGUCCUUGCUAUAUGAGUCAAAGGUGCAAAAAGAAAAAAAAAAAAAAGAAAAGAAAUAAACAUUUUCUAAAUAUGUCAAAUUUUAUUUUUCAAAAGCUAAUGAUGUCCAACAAAAGAUUUUUAGAUUUUUAUCUUUUUCAAGAUGGAUAAAUGAGAGCAUCAGAAUCUAAUGUGGUACAACAUUAUUCCAGUGCCUUUCUUAGCUUGAUUGUAAAGCGGUUCCAGUACUAUACUGUACGUCUGGUGGUUCCGCCGCGGUACCGGCUCGUGCUGUGGCGCGCUCACAGUCUCGUUCCCAUGAAUGUAUCAAAACGACUUCGCCAGCCUUACCAGGAGAUUGGUCUUCCCAAAAUGCAGCGCGGGUGAGUGAAAUGUCCCGUUUGUUUCUCGGCGCUCUGCGACGUCACUCUGUGAGCAUAGCUGGUUAGCGCCCUUCACACAGGAAGAAAAAAAGAAAAAGA